CACUAAAAUGUGUUGUGGAUAUGGCAUUUCAGAUUCUUUGGAUAAAGGAUUUUGUCAUGAAGAGUGUGCGCCGAAAAGCGUUAUUCCUAUGGAGCUACAUCUACGGUUUAAUUAAUCGCCAUCCUGAUGUUAUUGUUCAAUUUUUCCCGCUGAAGGGAUACUAUCUUCUAUGUCUCGUUAUAUACCUCCAAAUAACCAAAGAAUUACCCGAUGAGGGAUGGAAUGAUUCAUCAGAAUCACUUUACACCCCGCCUCCAACUAAACCAAAUGAAGCUUUCAACAGCGAUUCUAUGGAUCCAGAAAUAACGUUUGUGACAGCAUACUUCGGUCUUGGCAGGUUCAAGAAAGGCGAAGGAAACUUGUAUUUUGAUGUCGAAAACUACUCCAAGUGGAUGAAUCAGUUUGCCAAUUUCAACAACAAUGUUAUAGCUUUUACAGACGUACCAGAGGUAGCUAAUCAGUUGUUUAUUCUACGUAAGCAUCUUCCCAAAGAACGAACCAAGAUAUAUAUGAAAAACCAGGAUGAUAUGUGGGCGUUUAAACUUGCCCCGAAAAUAAAGAAAAUUUUUGCGCAGCCAGACUACCCAAAGUACCACCCAAAUACAGUGUUAGAGCGUUAUCCUUGUGCAAUGCACGCCAAAUACGAGCUAAUAGAAACGGUGAUACGAGAACGAAUGUUUCAGACUAAGUAUCUAGCAUGGAUUGACAUUGGUUAUUUUAGGGAUGAUUAUGGGAAAACAUUUCACCUAGACAUACCUUCCGAUUUUCGGAACGAUCACAUUGCGUUUGUACAGAUGGGGAAGUUUGAACGAUGCCGCACUGCAUCAUCGAUUAUAAAAGAUAAUAUAUUUUGGAUCGCUGGAGGAAUAUUUAUAGCGAGACCGGAAUACCUAAUUGUGUUCAUUGAGGACUAUAAGCGAGCAGUAGAAAACCUUAUCAGCCGGAACUUGAUGAGUACUGACCAACAGGUGAUAUACAUAAUGUAUACAAAGGCAGAGGACAUGCGCCCUCGUCUUCCCGUGCAAACAUACAGCGCUUUUUGUAAAUGUGACUGGUUCUAUCUCGGCAAGCGCUGUAUAGAGGAGUGGCGCAAGUCACUAAAACCCCAAAGUAAGGUCAUUGAGGCAUUCCAUCGAAAUAUGUUGUAA